GGCCCACUAACUUUACCACCCCCCUUAUAUCUAGAGCCGCAAACCAACCUCACCGAACCCUAAAUCGAAAACUCUCAUUUCAUAUUCUUCUUCAUCGAUUUUGCUCUAAUCUCUUGGAUCCUCUAGAGAUCGGUUUGGUUUUGCAGGAACAACAAUCCAAUCAAGAUGCCUCCAAGAACAAGGAACCCUAAAGCACUCAAGGCCUCUCGCGGAGCAGCCACGCCUUCUCACUCCGCGAACGUCCCUUCCUCCUACCCAUGGCCGAACAAGGCUGAGGGUCAACCGAUCAACAUCAAUGACCCACUACUCCUUGACUACAAUUGUGAGGGGUGGGACAAGGAGUCCGCAGCAAGAUACAACAGGCUUCUCGCAGCAGAGAUCCUGCCCACACGAUUUGCUCACGCGGAGACCUUAGCUGCUCUUGGUCUCGAGUCUGAUGUGUUCGAGACGCUCGAUGUCAUGGGCCUCGCUCCUCUCUGCUACCAAGCCCAAGUUCUCUAUCCAGAUUUGGUUCGGCAAUUGCUCGCAACAGCUCAGAUUACUUACCAGAACCCAACUGCGCCAACAUACGAGAACUGCUACUUCUCCUUCAUGGCUGACGGCAAGUUCUGCUCCAUCUCUCUCCACGAUCUAAACGAACUACUCGAGAUCGCAGACACGCCAAGAGAGGUCUCAGUUGACAAAAAGUUCGCGCCAGCAAACGCCUUUUGGGAUCUCAUUGCGACAGGGAAGUUCACUUCUCGCAAGGCUUAUCAGUCACAAAUCCGAAACCCCACUCUGCGUAUCAUUGCCAAGAUCGUCUCGAACAUCCUAUUCGCAAAGGAACACACCUCCAAGGUCACAAACGGAGAGCUGCAGGUUCUAUACACCGGCCUCGAGGAUGAGAUCCGUAGAGACAGAGUCAUACCGAUACAGACUGUGAAAACAAACCCUGGAUUCCUUCUCAUCACGAUGCUCUCUGAGCGCAAGGAUUCCAUGGUCCGAACGGAAGACAAGAAAGAUCGCUGCGGCAGUGUUCUCACACCCUUGUUCAAACGCUUCAACAUCGACCUGGAUUCCUACACGGUUGUUCCUGAGCUUGAGUACAUUGACACCGCCUAUUUGAUCACGUGCCACAUCCUGCGCGACGAAAGCACAUACAAGUUCACAGACAAGGACGGGAUCACUCUCUACUGCAAGCUCCCUCUUCCAGGGUUAACAGAUUUCACAACCUUGGAUAACAUAGUGUUCUUGCCAAACGCAGAACACUUGUGCGUCGACCCCCGAGCGCCAAUUCCAGAUGAGAAUGCGGCAGGGGAUGAUGUGGAGGACAUAACUCCACCUGCUGAUGGUGCUUACGACCUAGAGGACCUCACGGAUGUUACAGAUGACCACGCCUACAGACGUUGGAUGGUGGACUCCCAGAAGAAAAACAACAGCCUCAUGAAGAGGAUCCUCAGAGCACUCACUGGAGGCUGCAUCAGAAGUCAGGAUGAGCAGACGACGCAAGGAACAAGGCGCCCAGGCAAAGAACCAGCGGGCACUUCAGCUAGAGAAGAGAGACUUCCGAGGAACCGGAGAACAGCCGGCCACUCCAGCAGCGGCGAUUCAGACUGAGUCCAAACGGACUAUUCCUAUUCCCUUGUUUUAUCCAUCUGAACUAUUUAUUUCCCUGCUAUUUGUUUUUGGUUUGGUGUGUUUUAGCCUUCUCCGAUUUAUUUUCACAACCAGGGAUGGUGUGAAGUAAGUCUGGGGGAGAAACUCUGUACGAUUUCCAUGUUUUUAUUGAGUCAGUCCCUAGGAUCGAGUCAGUCCAGUCAAACUUAUUGUGGUAAUCAGGACCUUAUUUUGUGAUGAUUUCUUAACCACCUCGUGCUUUAACCUUCUUAUUCAGUGACCUUAGCAGUGAUGAAAGACCCACACAUGGACCUGGAACACCCUGACUUAUCUCAUUUGACACUCCAGAAGUUCUCCACCGAUCAGGUUACACUGGGUAGACUCAACUCCACUAUAUCUGAACCUAAUCUGGACUUUAAUUCUUCUUGUUAUGGGUACUAGAUCAGGGAAACGAGACCUAUACUCAGGACUUCUUAUCCUUUUUAUCCAUCUUGCUGUUCCUGAGUAGCUAGCUCAUCUUUAGCUAGUUCCCACCUUGUACCUUAGCCUUCGUUCCAACUUCAGGCAUUUGUUUCUCAGUGUUAUAUGUGCAGAUAUGUGCAAAAAGGUUGGAGAGGAAAGGAUCAACGCAGCCUUUACUCGUUACUGCUGCAGAAAUUCAAUCAGAAAGGAGAACAAGCAGAUCAAGGGACCAACUGCUCCAUGACCAAUGGAUCGUGCAAGUAUAGCAGAAUGAUGCGAAUCAGAUCCACCAGUGGCCUUCUCAAAAUCACAUGCUACCUCCUUCUUCGUCACCUCAUCUCUACUUUCAUGCCAUUUGAAAAAAAAAAAAAAAAAAAAAAAAAA